GCCUCCACCUAAAGAAACCCGUCCCUCCCCAAAACCUCCACGGCCUCACACGUUUCGCGUGGCGGUGUCAGCCAGGCUUCCUGUUUGCGAUCCUCACCGGCACAACGGCACGGGGGAGGCGGCGAGAGGGGACAUCGUCUGCCCGCGGCUCGUCCCGACCGCUCCUCGAGGAGCUGGGGCUGCAGCCACCCGGAGCUGUUCCUAAAAGGACUUUUUUUGGCUCCUCUUCACAGCCGGGGGUGUUCCCAAGAGCCCGCGGGAGGAGGAAGGCAAAGGUCCUGCCCCAGCUCCCCGGGAAUGCCGCGGCUGUGAGGAAGAUCCUGGCGCUGCCAGGGCUGCUGGAGGAAGGCUGGAGCUGGAGGGAUGGCCGAGAGGGGCCAGGUCCCGGCUGAGGGGGGGCCGAGGGGUGCCCCUGGCAGCGCCCAGGACGUGGCUGAGCCCAGGGAGGACGAGGGGAGCGAGGGCCUGGCAGCCACCCCAAGCCCGGGCAACGUGGAGGACACGUAUGAGCUGCUGGAGAGGCUGGGCAGUGGCCACUUCGGCGUGGUGAGGCUCUGCCGCGAGCGCAGCACCGGCUCCUUCUACGCCGCCAAGUUUGUGAAGACGCGGCGGGGCCGGGGCGGCCGCCCGGGGCUGGAGCGGGCCCAGGUGGGGCGGGAAGUCGCCAUCCUCCGCCAGCUCCACCACCCCAACAUCAUCCAGCUCCACGAGCUCUUCGCCAGCCCAGCCGAGGUGGUGCUCGUCCUGGAGCUGAUCAGCGGUGGGGAGCUCUUCGACUUCAUUGCGGAGAAGGAGAUGCUGUCAGAGGAGGAGGCCAUCGAGUUCCUGGGGCAGAUCCUGCGUGGGGUGGAAUAUCUGCACGCCCGCCUCAUCGCUCACUUCGACCUCAAGCCCGAGAACAUCAUGCUGCAGGACAAGGAUGUCCCCAAGCCUUCGAUCAAGAUCAUCGACUUCGGGCUGGCCCAGCAGCUGGAGGAUGGCAUCACCUUCAAGAGCCUCUGUGGGACCCCCCAGUACAUCGCUCCUGAAGUGAUCAAUUAUGAGCCGCUGAGCCCUGCGACAGACAUGUGGAGCAUCGGAGUCAUCACCUACAUUCUGCUCAGUGGCCUGUCCCCCUUCCAGGGUGAGACGGAUGCUGAGACCCUCUCCAACGUCGUGGCCGGCGCCUACGAGUUUGAGGAGCGCUGCUUCAGCCAGACCUCCGAGAUGGCCAAGGACUUCAUCCGCCAGCUGCUGGUGAAGGAGCCAGAGCGCCGCAUGACCGCAGCCGAGUGCCUGGGGCACCCCUGGAUCAAGCCCCUGAGCAGGAAGCAGGCGCUGAGCCGGAGCCGUUCCUCCAUCAACAUGAGAAACUUCCGCAAGUUCAACGCCCGGAGGAAGUGGAAGCUCUCCUACAACACCGUGUCCGCCUGCCACCGCCUGUGCCGCACGCGGCUGCUCUGCCGCCCCGGGAGGGAGGACGAGGAGCUGCGCUGCUGUGAGAGCGACCAGGAGGAGGAGAGGAGCCCCCACACCGCUCUGCUGCGCCGGCGGAGAAACAGCUGCUCCUGAGCUCCUCCCAGAAAAAGCCAGGACCUCCGCGAGAGGAGCCUUGGGGGUCCCCCCAUCAUCGCCCCAUCCCAGGGGGCAGGGGCACUGUCCAGCUCCUGGUUCCGUGUGUUGGAGGGUCACUGGGGCAUCAGCACCCCACUCCUGCCCCCAGCUUUUGCCCAGGGCUGGGACCCUCCUCCCUGCUUUGUCCUAAUGAGAAAAAUAAAUGUCACCUCCUCCUCCUCUA